AUGUCUUUAUAUAAAUACCCUAGAGGAGAGGAGAUCCAGUCAUGUGAUCCUCACUCAACGCAGAGAAGAACCCGCCAUCUGCUAAGACCCUCACUGAAUUCAAGGACAUGUGCUGAAGACUCACAGGUGCGCCCUUGCCUCCUCAAUGAAAAUUGCUUCCAGUUCCAGUACAAUCUAACAGAGUGGAGCACAUGCCAGCUGAGUGAAAAUGCCACCUGUGGGCGAGGCGUCAGGACCCGCCUUCUGAGCUGUGUGCGCAGUGACGGCAAGCCAGUUGGUGUGGACCAGUGUGAGCAGCGUAACUUGGAGAAGCCUCAGAGAAUGAGCAUCCACUGCCUGGUGGAAUGUGCGGUCAACUGUCAGCUCUCGGGGUGGACAGCAUGGACUCAAUGUUCAAAGACCUGUGGCCAUGGAGGUCAAAUGAGCCGGGCUCGAUUCGUCAUUAUGCCAACCCAAGGAGAAGGACGGCCAUGCCCCACAGAGUUGACCCAGCAGAAAACCUGCCCAGUGAUGCCUUGCUACAGCUGGGUCCUCGGCAACUGGUCUGCAUGUAAAUUGGAGGGUGGAGACUGUGGGGAAGGAGUCCAGAUCCGCAGCCUGUCCUGCAUGGUCCACAAUGGUUCAAGCUCUCAGUCAGCUGUAAGUGUAGACGCUGUACUGUGUGGAGAAAUGCCCUUUCAAGACAACAUCCUGAAACAGCCAUGUUCUGUGCCUUGCCCAGGAGACUGCCAUUUAAUGGAAUGGUCAGAAUGGAGCACAUGUGAAUUAACCUGCAUCAAUGGAAGAAGCUUCGAGACCAUGGGCCGCCAGUCUAGGUCAAGGGCAUUUAUAGUCCAGUCUUUUGAGAACCAAGACAGCUGCCCCCAGCAGGUUCUAGAAACACGCCCCUGUACAGGAGGCAAAUGUUAUCACUACACAUGGAAAGCAAGUCUUUGGAACAAUAAUGAACGAACUGUAUGGUGCCAACGUUCAGAUGGCAUUAAUGUCACAGGAGGCUGCGCCCCUCAGGCACGUCCUGCUGCUAUUCGGCAGUGUAAUCCAGCCUGCAGAAAACCUUUCUCCUACUGUACACAGGGUGGAGUCUGUGGUUGUGAGAAGGGCUACAGAGAGAUCAUGAGGUCAAAUGGUUUCCUGGAUUACUGUAUGAAAGUACCCGGCUCUGAGGAAAAAAAAGCUGAUGUGAAGAACCUUGCGGGGAAAAACAGACCUGUGAAUUCAAAGAUACAUGACAUUUUUAAAGGAUGGUCACUUCAACCUCUUGAUCCAGAUGGCCGAGUAAAAAUUUGGGUUUAUGGCGUCUCAGGUGGAGGUUUUCUUAUCAUGAUUUUCCUAGUAUUUACUUCCUACCUUCUUUGCAAGAAGCCAAAACCACAUCAAAGCACACCUCCCCAACAGAAGCCUCUGACCUUAGCCUACGACGGAGACUUAGACAUGUAACCUGAAAAAGAAAUCCAAAUGUAGACAUCAACUGCCUUAACCGCUUUCUCUUUUGUAGCUCUCAGACUUCUCAGUUUUUUGAGGAAUCUCAUGAUGUGAUACAUUGGGCAGAAUACAAAUAUUGCAAAAGUAAUAUUUCCUCAACUUCAUUUGAACAUGGAGUCAAGGAUUCUUAGGUCUGCCAUUUUGCUUUCAAAUUGUUUGUGGGUGUGUGUUUAAUUUUUUGAUUUUCCCAAGGGUCCUGAAAACCCUUCUCUUCCUGUUUGGAAAUGGGAGGAAGAAAACAUGAUGGAAUUCCCACAGACUUCAGUAAACUUUAUCUUCAGCAGCAUGAUGACAAUCUGGAGGAAAGUCCAAUCAAGGCAUUUACUGUAAAUGAUGAGCCUGACACUGCUUUGUUAUGCACUAUAUUAGUGCAAGUCUUUAUUCUUCCCAUAUUUCAACACUGAGUUUUCUAGAGUUUACAUUGGUUCAAAGACUUUGAAAUUGGAUUGCCUAUUUUCAUGAACACAGAGAGAAUGGUUUACCAUUUCAGAAAUUCUCUGAGUUUUUACCUUUAAAUAUUGUAUUUUGUUUUGUAGCCAGGGGAUGAUGGCACUUCAUGGGUUGCAUUUAUUGAAAAAAAAAAAUGGUGUGGGCAUAACUGCUGGUCUAGAUGAAAGCUAGGUGGUUGCUGAAUGAAAUAUGUAUUGAGUGUUAGGUGAUUACAUUGGAGAGUGAGGUAGAUUAUUUGAUUACUAAAACUAUUUUAACAGAAAUUUAGCCAUGUAGAUAUAAUACUAUACCAUACACACUGGUUAUUCAGUUUAAUGAUAACA